UUCUAACUUUUUUUCCUUUUCAUAAAGAAAAAAAAAAUGAAGCAAAAUUCACAACCUAAAUGGGAAGCCAAGGUUUCAUCAAAGCUAACAAAAGCUUCACCAGACAAAACAUGGGCCAUUUAUACAGAUUUCUUCAACUUUCACAAAUGGUAUCCAACUUUAGCCACAUGCUAUGGCAUCCAUGGCACCAACGGUGAGCUCGGUUGUAUCAGAUUCUGCUCGGGUUUCUCGAUCUCGUCCCAAGGCGGUGAUGGUGACAGUAACGGCGGUGGGUCCGAGAAGUGGUCCAAGGAGAGGUUAGUAGCCGUUGAUCAUAGUAACCGUAGCUUGAGCUAUGAGAUAGUGGAAAGUAAUAUUGGGUUCAAUUCAUAUGUUUCGACGGUCAAGAUUGUUCCUGGGGGUGUUGAUGAUCAGGAAGGAUGUGUGAUCGAGUGGUCCUUCACCGUUGAUUCUGUGGAAGGGUGGAAAUUAGAUGAGAUGAAGAAACUGUAUGAGGAGGGCCUCCAAGGGCUGGCUAAGAGAAUUGAUGAUAGUUAAUUAUAAUGUGUCUUAGUUUUAGCUCUAAUGUAUGGUAAUUUUAUAUCAUCAACUCAACCGUGUGUGUUUCAUCAUAUAUUGCUUCUCUCUUAUUUAUAAAUUAAUAUAAAGUUUUGUUUUACAAUAUAA